CCGAGAUCCACAUCAUUAUAUCGUGGCAGUUGCCCUUUCCCUUAUUUCAGAUUAUAUUUAAUUAUUUAUUAUGGAUUCUCGACAAGCUGGAGUACGACCUUUUGUCGUCUUCUGUGCCAUGAUUGCCAGUCUUGGUACAUUCAAUAGUGGUGUCAACACAAGUGCAUUAAAUAUUCCAAGUUACUACGUUCGUAAUUGUCCUGAUAGCGACGGUGUAACUUAUUACCCUGGUAGCUCACUACCUCAAUGUAUAAAAAUGGAUGAUUGGAUCUGGGGUGUAUCGACCGGUAUGCUCGCCUGCGGUGGUUUGUUCGGUGCACUUUCCUCGGGAGCACUGGCGGAGCGCUUUGGACGGCGGGACUCCAUGCUUAUGAUGAACAUUUGCUUUGUAAUUGGCGCGGUGCUCAUGUCGACGUCAACAACUAGUGCACAAUUUGCUGUCGGAAGAGUCAUUGUCGGUGCAGCCUCGGGUUUUAUGACCACGAUUGUAUCUGUAUAUAUCACAGAGAUUUCUCCACCAUCGCAUCGUGGUGUUCUAGUAGCUUUCUUACAGUUAUUCACGACAAUUGGAAUUUUUGCCAUUGAAGCUAUUGGUCUUGGUUUACGAUCACCUGUUGGAUGGCGCGUAGUGACCGUUAUUACUGUAGCACCAGCACUUAUCCAAGCUAUUGGUUUGCUCUUUUGUGCACGGUCCCCUCGAUGGCUGGUCAGUCAAAAUCGAGUCGAUGAAGCGCGUGUUGCCAUGCUUCGACUUCGCAAAGGCGCCAUCGAAGACGAGUUUGCAGAAAUGAGUAGCGGUGUUGUUGGCUCGCCGUCAUCUUCGCCGUCGGCACCUCCUCCUGAAACUACCGAAAAGGAUUCGUUGGCUGAUACGACUGUAUUUCAUGAAGAAUUACCAAAAGCCAAGCAAGACACACACCAUUUAUCAUUUUUCCAAGUAAUACGGAUCCGCAAACUGGCUAUUUUGAUUUUCCAGCAAAUGGUACUUCAUGCUGGCUCACAGCUUACGGGUAUCAAUGCAAUCAUGUAUUACUCUACGAGUAUUUUCGAAGUGUCGUUUGGCGAUAAUGCGGCUUAUGUGACGGUUGGGGUUGCUGCACUUAAUAUUUUUGCUACGAUUGUGGGUCAGCUUUUGAUCGAUCGAUUGGGUCGCAAGUUCCUUAUGCUUAUCUCGUCCGUAUGCAUGUGCUUAUUCGCAGCACUGAUGACUGUUGGUAUGGCGCUUGACAUUUCGGUACUGCAAGUGGUUUGCAUCAUGCUCUUUGUUGCGUCGUUUGGCAUCGGAUUAGGCAUCGUUCCAUUCUUGUUUACUGCUGAAUGUCUACCCACCUAUGCGGUUGGUGCAGGAUGCUCAGCCGCAUUAAUGUCGAACUGGUUUUUCAACUUUAUCGUUGGUUUGGUGUUCCCGACUUUACAAAGCGCGUGCGGGGACUAUGUAUUUCUGAUUUUCGUUGGGUUGACGUUCUUCUUGUCGUUGUUCAUAUUUUUCUUCACGAAAGAAACGAAGCGCAAGACUAUCGAAGAAAUCGGCCGUGAGUUGGGAUGGUACGAUUUAGACAUCCAUGGCAUAUUGUCCCCAUCGUCGCCUACUGAGGAUGGUAACGGUGCUGCUAUCGUCGAGAAUAUGCCUGCUGCUCCCACAACAACCGAGCUUAAAAACUAGAUUCCCCUUCCAGUCCAUUUCCAACCCACAAUUAUUAAAAAUGUCAACACUUGGUCGUGUUGUUGUAAAUACAAAGC